UCGGCCAGCGCAGUGCGAGCGCUCCCAGCCCCUCGCGUCGCUGCACGUUCCAAUCCGCCCUGGGGCAAGAGCAGCUUCCCCCCGGUUUUGCCCCCGACCCGUCAGAACAUCCCCGGGCAAGCCCGGAGGGCUGGGAUCGAGCUCGCUGCCCGCCCCCUGCCCCUCCCGGCCGGGAGCGCUCCGGUUACAGCGCGGCCGCUCAUUCAUUCGGCCCGAGGCGCUCGCAGCCUUUAUUAGGGGCUCGCAGCCUUUAUUAGGGGCUCGCAGCGCUCGCACAGUCCCGGCUCUGCUGCAGCCCGAGCAGCUCCACGCAGCCCCGCGAUUGUCAGGAAGCGGCCACGAGAAUGCUGCCCCAAGAACUCCUCUCUCUGCUCACGCUGUUCUGUGUUUUCAGGGCUUCUGGCUCUGUGCUGGAUGAAGACAAUGACUACGAGCUCAUGUACGUGAACCUGGAUAACGAAAUCGAAGGUCCUGCCCCUGGGACUGAGGAAGCUGCUUCGUGCGACUGCCAGCGGGAGCACAGCAAGUGGGACAAGCUGUUCAUCAUGCUGGAGAACUCGCAGAUGAAGGAGAACAUGAUGCUGCAGGCUCUGGAGGAGCUCCCCAGGGCGGACCUGCAGACCCUGAAGGCAGAGCUGAGCCAGCUCACCACCACCCUGGCGGGCACCUUCGCCACUGUCACCUCCCACGUGGUGGCCCAGGUGGAGCAGGUGCUGGUGAGGAGCAGGGACCAGGCCGAGGAGGCCAGGAGGCUGCAGGAGUCGGAGCAAGGGAAGGUUCUGGAGCACGUCCUGCAGCUGAGCCACAACGUGUCCGUGAGGCUGGGCUGGCUGGAGAGCGCCUGGCACAGGAGGGCCGAGGAGCAGGCGCAGGAAACAGCUCUGCAGCAGGAUAAAUUCGAUGCCAGCAGAGGGGACAAUCUCAUCCUGAACUCUGUGUGGAAGGAGCUGCAGCAGACCCGGGCUGAGCUGAGGGCAUCGCAGCAAUGGGCGGCUCAGCACCUGCUGCCAGCGGGCUGUGAAACCGCGAUUCUGUUCCCCAUGCGCUCCAGAAAGAUCUUUGGGAGCGUCCACCCGACCGCUGGAAUGAGCCUGCGCUCCUUCACUGCCUGCAUCUGGCUCAAGGUGACCGAGGCCUUGGACAAAACCAUCGUCUUCUCCUAUGGAACCAAGUUCAACCCCUACGAAAUCCAGCUGUACCUGAGCCGGGACUCGGCCGUGCUCACUGUGGGGGGUGCCCAGCACAAGCUGGCUGCCAGAAAUGUGGUUAUUCCUGGGAAGUGGCUCCACCUCUGUGGCACCUGGAGCUCGGAGAACGGAUCCACAGCCCUGUGGGCACAGGGGGAGCUCGCAGCCAGCGCCCUGGAUCUGGCUGGUGCUCACACCAUUCCCGACGGAGGCAUCCUGCAGCUCGGGCAGGAGAAGAACGGCUGCUGCGUGGGAGGGGGGUUUGAUGAAGCUCUGGCCUUCUCGGGGAAGCUGACUGGCUUUAACCUGUGGGACCGAGUGCUCAGCCCCGCCGAGGUGACAGCCCAGAGCGCGGGGGACACCUGUGGCACCCGGGGCAACAUCGUGGGCUGGGGGGUCACGGAGGUGCUGCCCUACGGAGGAGCCCAGUACGUGUCCUAAAGCCUGGUUUCUGCCCAGGGCGUGGGCUUCACAGAGCUGAACGUCAAUAUUACAGUGACCAGAGCUGCAGGAGCCCCUGUCUCUGGAAUUCCCAAGGAAUAUCAGCGCUGCAAGUUCACAGACUGAGGUACUGCGGAGAUGGGAUUCGAUCUCUGCCUGCUGUCCUGGAAAAACACUGAAAACACACCCACAGAUCAAGGCAUGGCAUUGGAAAAGCUGUUCCUGGGGUCAGGCAGCUCUGUCUCUCCAGUGCAGGGUUUUCUGAUGUAUAAAGUCAGGGUCACCAUGGACAUUCAGGAGCCAAACCGUGCUCCUGACAUCCCUGCUGAGCUUUGGAGAACAGACAGAGCAGCUGUGGCUGCCCCUGGAUCCCUGGAAGCAUCCAAGGCCAGGUUGGAUGGGGCUUGGAGCAACCUGGG